AUGCCCCUUCCGCCUUCGCACCGCGACCUGGAGAUCAACCCGGAGGACUUGACCUUCGGGCAGCGCAUCGGCAUGGGGUCCUUCGGCGAGGUCUACCGCGGCACAUGGCGAGGCACCAAUGUGGCCAUCAAGCACUUUCAUGACCAAAACCUCUCACCCGUCACCAUCCGGGAGUUCCGAGACGAGGUUCUUAUUAUGAGCAAGCUGCGCCACCCCAAUAUUGUGCUGUUCCUGGGCGCUGUGACGCAGAAGAACCAGCUGGCCAUUGUGACGCAGUAUAUGACACGUGGCUCUUUGUUUCGAAUGCUACACCGCAACAAGGAGGUGGUGCUGGACCCGCGCCGCCGCCUCAACAUGGCGCUGGAUAUUGCCAAAGGCAUGGAGUACCUACAUAACUGCAAGCCGGUGUUAGUUCAUCGCGACCUGAAGUCUCCUAACCUGCUGGUGGACAAGGACUGGACCGUCAAGGUUUGCGAUUUUGGCCUGUCGCGGUUCAAGAACAAUACCUACCUAACGGCCGCGACGCAGAACGGAUCGCCUGCCUGGAUGGCCCCAGAGACCCUCAAGGGAGAGCCUUGCGAUGAGAAGAGCGACGUAUUUAGCUUCGGCGUCAUCCUCUAUGAACUGGUGACUGGAAAGGAACCAUGGGAGGAGCUGAACCCAAUGCAGGUGGUUGGCGUGGUGGGUUUUUCCGGGAGGCGUAUGGAUCUGCCGACCGACCUGGAUCCGGCGGUAACGAACCUCAUCCAGAGCUGCUGGGCCACAAACCCAAAGGAGCGCCCGUCGUUUACUCAAAUCUUAGCAACCAUGAAUACGUGGAGUGAGCUGCGGCCCACAGCGGCAGUCCUAGAGGCACAGCGGGCGAAGGCGCCCCAGAGGAAUGCAGCUCAAUAGCCGCUCAUAACACGAAACGCACAAUACGAGUCCCGAAGUAAGCGUCAGGCCGGCUGUUGAUCGGACAUUGCAUUUUCAGCUGCUUUGCUUUGCUUGAUUUUGACUUCCUUCUCUUCUCUCGAUGUUUUGGUAGCCUGAAGGUGAUAUGAGUUGAGCAGCUAGGAUGCUUGUUGGUUGUCUAAGGUGCGGCAUGGUGGCAUCUCCAAAGCCCAUCCAUCUGCAACGUGUCACAGGCAGGACGCAAGAGGCGUGGGCAGGUUUUCACGUUGCUCUCCAGCUUCGUCGGCAACUGUCAGGGCAGUCUAUGUUCAAGUUUUGCGUGAACAACGCGUUCCUUACGUACAUAUCCGAGGCGGUGUGUUGCGCUUCGUGUCAGCUAUAGAGCAGGACGCCAUGUGGGUAUUGUGGACUGGCCGUCAUAGGAGUGCACGCUUUUGCAAGAAUUCCUUGGUCGCUGGAUGCGUGCGGUGAUUUGGGUUUUAAGGUUAAGACCGCAGUGAGUUGCAGCCUCGCGUCGUGUUUGUGCAUCAACCUGGCGAGGGGUGGUGAACGGCUUGGAGGACGCUGUGAUGAACCGGUCCAUGCCUAAUGUGAUGGACAGGUCCAUUUGAAUCUGUUGGCGCUUUAUUACCUUGAUACUGAUCUUUUUGAGACAGUAAUGUGACAGGGUAUUGCCUGGCACAUUCGACCCCAUGAACGCUAAGCUGGGGAAAUCCUAGUGUAGAUAGUGAGAUGUCACGGCGCUUGCAGCUACACCCCCACUGCCAUUAGAAGGGUACGCGGCGAAAUGAUAUCCUGACGGGUGGUGUCGAGGUCAGCCCGUGCAAACACGAGGUGCUAUCGACGUUCCGAGGAGCUGGGCUGGAUUCGGACUUUCCGUUUCCUGUUGAUCGUACACAGCAGAAGAAUGCGAGUUGCGAUAUGCACGUUAGCUAUCCGAUAUUCUUUCACCUAGGUGCCAUGGGUUUAUCUCAAUAUACUGAUUCUGACAUAGGGUCUCCUUCUAUGAAUCUGUACGUAGUGAGUUAAGGAUAACGAAUGAUGUACAAACGAACAUACAUUAAUAGCUGAUUUAACAGCAAACUUCUUCUUACUUUCAUCCUGAGGCUUAGUACGGAGUAAUUGUGUUAAGUGAACGAGGAAACGUGUCUAAAGAUAGGACAUGGUGACAACUCGUCGCGGUUCUCAGCGGCAAGUUACCACUUCAGUUCCACAGGCUGCUACGCCAAGCACCUCGCAGCGUGGGCGAGGCCGAGGAUCUGCACGGGGCCGAGGUCGCGGGAGAUCGGCGGCGGCCGUCGCAAUAGCAGACCCUGACACAGAGCAGCCAAAGCUUAUCGAAAGUGAACCGCAGCAGGAACGUGAAUCUUAGGAUCCCUUAGCAGGGAAAACGGCAUAUACUG